UGACACACUGUUUGAUGUCUCCCGGGACGAUAUAACCACAACGUCUACUUGAGUCUAAAAAGUUGUCAAGUUCUUGGCCUCACACCCUGAAAGUGGAGUUUGAGGGAUCAGCGAUGGAUCUUCAUCAAUAAGUGUUGCUUACUCCACAGUGAUCAUAAAGUUGAUUCACUGUAUAGUUCUGAAUGUUUCAUUGCCAUGGGAUGACUGGAUAGGGAAACUCUGUUUGGUGAAAUGUCCUGCGCAGAGGAAAUAUCUUGAACUAAAUCUAACAGCAGCUACAGUUGCCUCUUUCACUGUCCUCACGUCAGAUCAGUCACACAGCUAUGGGCUUCUGUUCGCCUGUGUGCAAGGUUUUUAGGAGGGGGAAAUAUCUUUUGCUCUUCCUCAUCUCGCUGUCCGUGCUGGCAUGGAUUGCAAAUUUGUCCGGUGAAACCAUAAAGGAUGCUCCGGUUUCAUUUGCCACACCCCAAGCUCUUGUCAAAGGAGACAGUCUGAGGGAGAAACUGAAUGCUUUGACAGCAACCCCCAAUCGCUUGAUCACUCCAGCACCAAAAGAAGAAUGCCCUCAGGAGUCUCCACUGCUACAGGGAGCUUUGAAGCUGUCCUUUGAAUCCUCUCUGAAACUGAAGGACGUGGAGAGCGAUAACAAAGCAGUGAUUGAAGGCGAGUUCGAGCCCUCGGACUGUACAGCGAGGCAGAGCGUGGCGAUCCUCAUCCCUCAUCGCGGCAGAGAGAAACACCUCCUCUACCUCCUGCACCACCUGCACCCCUUUCUGCAGAGGCAGCAGCUACACUACGCCAUUUACAUCAUCCAGCAGGCUGGAGAUGUAACUUUUAAUCGUGCCAAGUUACUCAAUGUCGGGUAUUUGGAGGCGCUGAAGGACUACAGUUGGGACUGCUUCAUCUUCCAUGACGUGGACCUGGUUCCUGAAAACGAUCACAAUUUAUACGUCUGUGACAAGCAGCCCAAACACUUGGUGGUGGGCCGGAACGCCACAGGAUACAAGCUGCGUUACAAAGGCUACUUUGGAGGAGUCACAGCUAUGAACAAAGAGCAGUUUUUCCAAGUGAAUGGAUUCUCAAACAAUUACUGGGGCUGGGGCGGAGAAGAUGAUGACCUCCGCGUCAGGGUGGAGCUGCAGAAAAUGAAGAUUGUGCGCCCCCCCGCUGAUAUAGCUCGCUACACCAUGGUGUUUCACAAACGGGACAGUGGCAACGAAAUAAACAAAGACAGAAUGAGAUUGUUAGGACGUACGCCGCUGGUUUGGAGAAAGGACGGACUUAACAGCUGCACAUAUAAGACAAUGUCCUUGGAGAGGCUCCCUCUAUAUGUGAAUGUUACUGUGGACAUCGGUAAGCCACUGAGUUGAGAUUUCAAACAGGAUGCCGCGCUGUGACCAAAAAAAUAUAUUCAAAUAUAUAUUUUAUGUAGUAUGUUUAGGCCGCUCAGUGCAGAAAGGCUACUAUGUGUGUACAAGACUCCACAUUUAGCACACAAAAUACACAUUGUUUUGAUAAGUUUACAUUUCAUCCUGCAUUAUGUGUUUGAAUAUUGUUACCAGCAUGCUUAAAAAAAGUGGCCAAGAUGUGGCUGCCCUCUAGCUGCCAUUCAAUUAUGCAUAUGCAGUUGCCUACAUGACAAAAAGUACGGCAUAAAACAUGCAGAUGUUUGGUAACUGAAAACAAAUGAACUAUGUGCAUUUGGUGUGCUUCAUUCCGUUUGGCCUUUUUCUGAAGCCCCGACAGAUACAGGAGGAGUCACUAAUGUUGCCCAAUGACACCCUGUCUCAGGACUAUGGGAGGCACAGACUGAUUCAUUUUGUAGCUCUAUUUGGUUGCUUUUUUUACACCCUGAUCAACAAAAAUAAUCUCUAAUUUAAAUAAGGAAUUUAUCUAAAUAUAUACUCAAAUCAUUGAUUAUAAAACACUACUUGUGUGUUAGAUCAUUGUUUUUGUGAAUGCAUCUGUGGGGUCCAACCGAUGGGACCAUAUUAAAACAAAUCCUAGUAAUCCUUAUAUUGCUAAAUAUGAGGUUUUCAUUAUCUAAUGUUUGCUGUUAAUAUUACGGCUCUGUUUCAUAAAGUGAGUGAUUAAAUUACUUAGGGUAUAUAAGGAAAACAUCAUCUUGUGUGCAGUAAAGGGAAAACUCAGAACCACUGAAUAGCAAUAACAACAGAGGGCUGAUAAUACCAAAUCAUAUUCAAUUAUAAUACAUUAUUUUGGAAAUGACUCAUUCAUAUUGAUAUUGGUCAGCUAUGAGAAGCUUAAAUGAGUGAAUAGAAUUUUGAAGGCACUCUAAAUGUCAAAAAUACAAUUACAUUCUUGUUCAUAUUUUAGGCCGUACACUAAGGCUUGGGAUGCCGUGUGCCAACUGGAUUUAUUUCCAGAACCUAAUAACUCCAACCCCUCUUUUGAUGAUCAAAAUGUUAUCUUGAAAAGCAUUGUUUUGAGCCCUAACGUUCAGAUAUGAUUUAUUUGAAUGCACAUUCUUCAAAUAUAUAUAUUCAGUAAGGCCUUACAUGCUUGACUUUUAUGCAGAAAUCAAAUGGUGGUUGAUUCUUAUUUAUGACCUUGACAUGUUAAAAUGAUUAUAGUAUUUUUUGUCCAAUCAAUACUUGUAAUCGAUAUGUGAAAAAAAUCCAGUCUAGCUUACUUAUGAUCUCAUAUCAAAUACAUUAAUGAUAUUCUGAAGGUAGUGUAGCUGCUGGUACGUGACAACUUUAACAUGUUUUCUCUUUAUUUAUCCGCCCAUCAAAACCACGUCCUGUAAGACUGAGCAAUAUGACACUCGAACCACUCCUAUUUAUUUUUUCAGAACUGUUACAACUUCAUAAUAACUUUGAUUCCUAAGUUCACAUUCCUGAUAAACUGGACAUAUGUUGUAGCCAUUUUGAAGCUCAUGAAUUAGAGUCAUGUUGUUAUUAGACGACUGUCUGCUCUGUUCGCAUUUCAAACAUGAAUGAAUGUUUUGCGUUGUUUUUUUUAUGAAGGUUAAAACCUUUAUAUGAUCAAAUAUUGUUAAUCUCAAUAGGAUUUUGGUCGAUUCAUUUCAAAUGUUUGUAUGUUGGUUUGGGAUGUCUGUGUUGGGAGAGAGAAUUUUUGCAUUUGACUUUUAAUAGGAUUAUUUUCUUUUCUCUUUAAUAAAUAGUAUUUUUCUUAUCAA